AUGUUUCUACCUCAGCUCUACAGCUAUCGCAACCAUUUCCACAAGCGGGCAGAGAAUGAUCAGGCAGAGGACAACCCUUCAAGAAGAAUUUUCAUUGUUGUUUCCAUUGCGCUCCUUGGUGUUAUCAUUGUCUGUCUAAGCCUCUACUAUGGCCUCCGGACCCUCCGAUUUCGAAAUUCAGAACCCAAAUUCAUACCGACGAAGUAUCUAAAGAAAAAAUGGAGAAAUUGGUCACCAAAAACCGCAUACGGCCACGUUCCGGAUGCCAUUCCAGCAACGCGGCAGGCUGGGGCUAACUGGUCAGGUAAUACCGCUUAUACUGGUGCUGGCGACCUCAGUCUUGACCGCAGAACCUCCAUUCAAUCAGUAAUGACGUUACCCUCAUACUCACCAAUCCCGAAACCGACAGAGCAAAUAGUUGGGAGGGAAGGCGAGCGUGGUGGGAUGGAUGUUGUGAUGGAGUUCCCAGAAACAGCUGAUGAGGAAGAGGCUCGAAGGGAAGAGGAGAUGGAGUCGUUAUACCAAAUCCGAUUGGCAAGAAGACAAGAAGUCGCUGAGCGGGAACGGCGAAGACUGGAACGGAGGGAAGCUCGAGAACGUGGUGAUUGGGCGCGAUUGGAGGAGAUACAGCGUGAGAGUCGAACUCCAAAUCUGGAAGAAAAUCAAAGUGACAAUGGCAGCAAUACCAGUAUUAGCGCAGCAACUCUGAUAGCUGAACAUCAGUCUCGUGGUAGAGAGAAGCGGGUGGCACGUGUUACGUAUGCGGAUGUGGGCGAUGUUCGACAUGAUGGCACCCGAUUGCGUGCCAGUUCCCAGGAGUCAGACUCAAGACCGCUCCUUGACGCUGCGUCCAGUAUGGGAAGCGAUGGAAGCACUUCACUACCAAGAUUGGCUGAAGGUCGUCAGCGCGCAACUUCGGGCUCCUCUCUAUUUUUGAACCCAACCAACCAAUCCGACCACGAUACACCCCGAGGAUCUAUAACUCCAGCUGAAACAGAUAUUGACAACUCGAAUAUUCCAAACCCUCCACAGUAUGAUCAAUUAGAUUGGGGGGAGGCCCCGCCAUAUCAGAGUCCGGUUGCUGAAAGGGAGCAGGGCCUCCAACCUCCUGAAAUUACAGCAGUGCCUAGUAUCGAAAUAGAAGUCCCGACUCCCGGAAACAGUGCCCCUGUUACCCCGGUGUCUCCUAUGCCUCGUCAGUUAUGA